AUGUCAGACACGUUCAGUAUCGCCGCUGCUCGAGAUCGGUUCCCUGCACUGCAGUUGGAUCAGGUGUUUCUUGAUAACGCCGGUGGCAGUCAGGUGCUCGGGGAUGUUAUCGACUCAAUAUCGAAAUAUUUGUCGCACACGAAUGUCCAGCUAGGUGCCUCGUAUAAUGUAGCCCGGGAAUCCACUUCAAGGUUCGAAGCUGGUUACAAAGCAGCAGCGAAAUAUAUGAAUGCAGAGGAUGGAGAGGUUGUUCUCGGCGCGUCCACUACCCAACUCUUUAUGAAUCUCGCCGGUUCCCUGCAAUUCCAAGAAGGUGACGAAAUCAUCCUGUCAAAGAUCGACCACGAGACGGAUAUUGAUCCAUGGCUCUUCAUGGCAGAACGCCAAAAACUCAUCGUGAAGUGGUGGGUCCCUGAAGGCCCAACUUUCAAGCUCACUCCAGAAAACUUGAAGCCGUUACUCUCUUCGACGACGAAAUUCGUCGCAUGUACUCACAUUUCUAAUAUUUUGGGGACUAUUCAUGAUAUUGGAGCGAUCGCUAAGACGGUACACGAAGCUGGGGCUUUGUUCUGCGUUGACGGGGUGUCUUAUGCUCCACAUCGCCGGGUAGAUGUCAAGGCUUUCGGGAUAGAUUUUUAUGCCUUCUCGUGGUAUAAGGUGUACGGUCCUCACAUCUCCGUACUUUUCGCCAGCAACUCCGCUCAAAAACACCUCAAAUGCUUGGGUCACUUCUUCAAUCCAAUCAAAACCCUUGAAAACAAAAUCGGCUUCGCAGCUUCGAACUAUGAACUCACGCAAGCCAUCCCCGCUAUCGUCUCCUACCUUGGUGGAGACAAUCCCGGUCCUGUCUUCGCCGCCAUCGCCGAGCACGAAGGUAAGAUUCAGAAGAUCCUCCUCGAUUUCCUUAACUCUCGGGAAGAUGUCACGGUGCAUGGUGAGACGACUGCAGACUCGUAUACUAGGGUUCCGACGGUGUCGUUUUCAGUUCAAGGGAUGGGAAGUAGGGAGGUUGUAGAGGAGGCUGAAAAGGUGAGUAAUUUUGGAUUUAGGUGGGGCCAUUUUUAUAGCAAGAGGCUUUGUGACGAGGUGUUAGGAUUGGGGCCGGAGGGCGUGGUGAGGGUGAGCAUGGUGCAUUAUAAUACGGAGGAGGAGAUUCAGGGUUUGGUGGGGGUCUUGAAGAAAGUGCUUCCGUAGAGCGUGAUCUCACGCAGACCUGGGCCUAGGACGGGGUUUGCUUUCAGUUUGCCUUCGUAUUGGGUAUAUCUACCGAAUCUCUCACAAUAU